GCAAGCUCAGGGCUCAGUUGCUUCAGGCAGCCAUGCUAUUCACCUCAUGGGGAAUAUCCUCUCUUUUCUGAACAGCUGUACUGAGUCAGGGCUCAGCUCUGGCUUGGCAUAUUGCUUGGAUAUUGACCCCAACUUCAUCCGCUUGACUGGGCUGGGGUUGUUUAUGCUGUACUUGUUCUACGUGCUAUUGACUCUCUAUUUGUCACCCGCUGGGAAAAAUAAUGGCAUCCCAAUGCCUCAGGGCAGAUGCAGGAGGAGAAAGAAACGUGGGACAUCUAAAGACCAGAUAACCUUCCAGAAAGCAGCAGAAGAGGAAAGGAAGCUGGUUUCUUUUCUGAAAAGCAUCGGGCCUCCUGCUUUCUGCAGUCCCCUGGGCCAGCAUCAUAAUACUGCCCGCUUUCAUCGACUGUUAUGCCCAGACCCCCUCUGUGUGGUGUGUAACAGAACAGCUGCUGAGAUCCAGCGACUGCUGUGUUGGGAGUCCCUGAAAGAUGCUGCUCCCUCUGUGUCCCCUUCGACUUCUGCAGCUUCUGAGACUGAGUCAUUGUUCACUCUGGCUUCUGCCUCAUCAGCCACCCCUCCAGCAGACUUAAUAGUGUCCCCUUGUCCUGACCCUUCACCACCCCCCUUAAUUCUCUCACCUGACCUGAUCACCCCUUUAGAUGACUUAUUUUUACCCUCAUCGCUGAGGGACCCUCUGCCACCAAAGCCUGUUCCUCCCCUGGAUUCUAAGUUCCCUAUAGACCAUUCCCCACCCCAACAGCUUCCUUUUCCCCUUCUCCCACCACAUCACAUUCAGAGAGCAGAGCCCAGUCCCCAUCCUGAAGUCAGUUUGUCUCUGAACACCAUCUUUUCAUUUGACUCUACUCUAUCCCAAGAUAUGAACUCUUUGCCAAAUAUUUCCCAGGCCAUUAAUCCCUGUGAUUCAUGUACUUUUCAUUACAAACCACCAAACUCUUCUGCUUCACGAAUGCAAGAUUGCACUGUGACUCAGUCUAAGGCAAAUCUCACCAUACUGAAGGCUUUGGAAAAAGAGACGUUAUCUGUAGGUGGCUCUGGUGGGUCCACCACCUCUGCCCCUACAAUCGGAGACAUUGACCAUUCAUGCCCUACAUCUGCAGAAUUCUCCUGGUGGCAGCCUCAUGCCAAGGACUCGUUUUCUUCCAAUUUUGUACCAUCUGAUUUCAUGCAAGAGCUCCUUAGCCUUCAUUCUUCUGAAGCCUCUUUAGGGGAGUCCUCUGUGGUCAACCUCAUAGCGCCUGUUAAGAUCUCAUUUCUCAGCCAUGACAUUCUGGCACUUCUGGAGAGACAAGUCAGAAAAAGGUGCGAUUUUCUGAUGUGUAAAGAAAGUGGAAAGAAACCAGGAACUUUCCCGGAACAUCUUCGGCCAAACUACCAACUAAAUUCUUCAGGGAAAAUGUUAGCCUCAAUUGCUGAUAAGCAUGGCUUGGCAGCCUCCCUUCCAUUUUCGGCCAGUAAUAGGAAAGUAGAGCGGCUGCGCAUCCAUCAGCAGCCCCCAUAUUCUAAGUGCUUUGAGGACCAUUUAGAGCAAAAAUAUACCCAGCCUCUCCCCUUCCCUCAAACCCUGCCCCAAGGUCAGUCCCCGGCUCAAAAUCCAUCUCCGCUCACAGCCCAACCACCUAGUCCUCUAUUCCAGAUUGGGAUCUGUGGAGUGUGUUUUCAUAAAUCUCAGAAUGAGGCACAGUCUCUUACACCAUCUGAAAUUAAUCAUCUGGAGUGGAAUGUGUUGCAGAAAAUACUGGAAAGUGAGUGGGGUUUACCCUCUGUGGUUCAAAAAUCCCAGGAAGACUUUUGUUCUCCAGCUCCCAGUCUUGCCUUCGUCAAGUCCUUUAAGGCUCGUGGUCCCAUCUCCACUAUUCCUGGAGAUUUUCCACUCAGUGCUGAGCUUAGGAAGAAACUGGAGCACCACCUUCAAAAGAGGCUCAUCCAGCACAGAUGGGGUCUGCCCCACAGAAUCCACGAGUCUCUGUCACUGCUACAUCCUCAGAGCCCAAUCUUGGAGAUAUCUGAGUCAGAGAACAGUGAGGGACCCUUACAUAGCUCUUUGGUUGAGGGUCAGAGCCACAAUGAUCUCAAGAAUUUUAAAUCAAGGAAACCUAGAAGCUUCCAAAAGAGAAGCUCAAAUAUGCUUUCCCUAGAGAAUGUGGGGAAGUUUCAGGGAUACAGCCAGGAGAAUGGCCCAAAAGAUCAUCUGUUGCACGAACCAGAGACAUCUUCAGAAGAGGAUCUGAGUGCUAAUUCUGAGAGCAACCUAGAAGGUCAUAUGAUGCAUCUGCCAGGGAAUGAUUCAGGGGUGAGCCUAGGUCAGAAACAACUUGCAAAUGCCCUGACAACACAUUUGAGCAAGAAAUUUGAGGAAAUCAGUAAGAGUCAAGUGCCUGGGAGUGUGCGUAGUUCAUGGCAUUCAGUCAAGCAGACAAUGUCUCUUCCUGAGAAAUCCCAUAGCAAAAUAAACCAUCGAAAUUUGACAGCAUUGGUGGGUGAGGACCACUGUGUUGAUACUUCUCAGGAGAUUUCCUUCCUUGGCUCCAACAAACAAAAGAUGUUGGAAGCCCAUAUUAAAUCUUUCUAUAUGAGGAUGCUGUGGAAUCUUCCCAGCAAGGUCCUUGAAUCCAUAGAAAUCUGUAAAUCUCAAGAGGACGUUUCCAGUUCCUUUUCCCAUCUUGACUUCCCCUCCUCAGACACCUUCAUUCCUCAGGAAGAUUCCAAAGAUGGUGCCUCCAGUCCCCUUAGAGGAAGCACUACAGAUUUUCAAGGAAAAAAGAUAGAAACAACAAACGUAGACAUCCUGGAUCAUCCACACCUGGUCAUCUCACCUGUUGACAAAGAACGGCAAGAGACCCUGAGAAGAGAAUUAUCUGAUACUGAUAAUGAGCUUAUAGAAACUGUCCAGACACCUGACAAUGGCAGACAGACUUUUCUGCCCCCCACUCACAGCAUCAUAGAUGAAGUCAGUCAGAAACAGAAUGUAGUAGUCAGUAGGAGCAGCCCAGAGCUGGCCAGAAUACAAGCUGGUGUUGGCAGUGCGUCAAUGGAUAAAAAAGUGAGUGUCAGUAAUAACAUGGAAAGGCUUCAGGGCAGUAGAAAGACCUUUUCUGUCACCAAUGGGCCUAUGGAAAUGUUCAAGGAAGAUGAGCUCAGUUUUCUUCAAUCACAAACUAGAAACAACUUGACUACCAGCAAGUCAGGAAGCUCCUCAGUGAUAAAGGUGAAAGAAAGCACUUCUCUUGAAACUGAAAAUUUCUUACCAAAAAUAUUAUUUCCCCAAGAUCCUAAAUCAUCAUCCCUUAAACAUCAGAUGCUGAGUGAGUUAAAGUUGGCCCAGGGGGAGCAUAGCCAAGCUCAAACCCAUUUCACUGACAUGCCCCAUGCCUUAGAUAACUUGACUUCCAAGGGCUUACUGACUCAUGCCCAGGGUAUCUCCAGUGGGAACACGGCAACUUCCCAGGUGCUACAUGUCCAUGUGGAGGACAGAAGGAUCCAUGUGGAACAGCAACAGGAGCCCACGGUCCCUAAGCAUGUCUUACAGAUUUCCCAAGUUAAGAAUUUCCCACCAGCUACAAAAAGAGUAAAAUCCAAAGGAGGAGAGCUUGGUGGAGGGGAUGCAGGAUUGGGAAUACCCCAACUCAGGAGAAAGAGCCAUCCUGUUCAAAAGAAGACAUCAGGGGAGGUGCUUGGGAGAAAAUCUUCCCCACCCUUGAUAACACAGCCUCCUCCUGACAACCUUUUCAGAGAAUGGAUGAAGACCUUUUUUCAGAGGUUUAAGAAACCCAGCAUAAUAUGUGAGGAACAAGAAUGUUCCCAGAAAAAGGGUAGCUCCCUGUCAUCAUCUGUGCAGGAUAGAGGUCCAGCUAAGAUUAGAGCUGCCUUUACUGGGACUACUGAAGCUCAGAAAGUUAAGAGAGACAUUGGAAAGUUCCUAGAGGAGAAGCAGGAGCAUAGAGAUGGGAUAGAUAUCACCUGUUUCCAAGAGCCCCUUUCCUCCCCAGUGGAGCUUAGAAAAGCUCAGCACAAGCCAAUACUGCAGGCCAGAGCAAAGCCUGUCCAGGGCUAUCCCUGCAGCUACAUGGCUCCCUCCUGCAAAGUGACAUGUAGCAAAUCUUGCAGCCAACAAGCUACCUUAGUUGGCCAGAAUUAUCCGACAAGGAUGAGACAGAUCAUAGACAAGAACAGACAGCCCCGGAAAGUUGAGGCAUUUAAGGGCAAGAUAUUGCAUCAAAGGCAUCCCCAAUCCAUGCCCCACAGGAAGGCUGUGCCCCAACUAAAUCACACUUGCCGGUGUCAAGUUGACUCGGUGCCUCCAGCCAUCCCAACCACUGCUAAAAGCACUGUGUUUAGUGAUGUGCCUUUAAGUACACAGUAAGUACACAGACAAUGCUUCCAAAACAUUUCCAGGGAGUAAAAUUUCCCCCCACAAAAUAAUUCACUCCUGGUUGAGAAUACUGAUUCUCCCCAAUAAAUGUUCUAAUAAGA